CACUUCCUGAUAAAAGUCAGAGACUGAAUCUUCACUGAAUGUUCAUCAGAUCAUCUCGGGCUUCAGGUGCUUCAUCAAGAGAAACAACAGCUCUUAUAUCAUCUGAUAAUUUUUUUUAAAUGUCCAUCAGCAUGUGGUUUUUCAUUGUAUUUUUAAUCAGUAUGGAGGAUCUGGUGAAUGGUGGAUGGGAUGAGUUAAAGACAGUGAUGGAGAGAGAGGCUCUGACUUUGCAAACAGGAAUACCUGAACUCAGAGGAGAUGAUGAGACAAUGUGGCUGUUUACAGCCGGCAGCCAAACCACCCGAAUAGCACAGAUGUACCGUAGUAAAGUGUGGAUUCAUAAGAGACUGGCUGACAGAUUGCAGCUUGACCAUCAGACAGGAUCACUGACCAUCUGGAACAUCAGUGUCAGUGAAUCUGGACUUUAUAAGCUUGCUCUCACCAUCAACGAUUUAAUCUCUAGGAAAACAUUCAGAGUCGACGUAUAUGCACCGGUUUCUGUUCCUGUCAUUAGUGGUGGCUUAUUGGGCAGUGCAAACCACGUUCAAGCACUGGUUUCUGUGCCUGUCAUCACUGGUGGCUCAUUGUUCAGUGCAAACCAUGCUGAAGAAUUUCCAAAUAGAGAUUUCUGCUCUGUGUUCUGCUCUGUGAAGAAUGAUCGAGACGUGUCUAUCUCGUGGUAUAAAGGGAGUGAAAAAGUGAAUCAGAACAGCAAUUCUGAUCUCAGCAUCAACCUCAGUUUACCAUUAGAGCUUCAUUAUAAUGAUCCAGAGACCUACAGCUGCACGGCUGUGAAUCCAGUGAGCAAUAAGAGCGUCCGUUUUCACAAGAAACAGAUCUGCCCACCACAGGAAGAUUGUCUGGAUCACUGUGGCAUCACUGAGGCUCUGGUUUGUCUGGUUCUGUCUGGUCUGGUGGGAAUCACUGCUGUUGGAUUUCUUAUUGAACAUUUGAGGUUCUGCUCAUCUCAGAAAAGAGCAGCUUCUUCUGUGUGAUGAUACUUUUGUGAGACCAAACAAACAUGUCAUAAUAGCAUAUGGGGCUUUAGUGACGAGUCAAGUCACCUAUAUUUGUAUAACGCUUUAUACAGUACUGGUUGUCUCAACGCAACUUUACAGUGUCAAACAGGAAAAUAGUUUGUCAAGAAUGCAAGACGAAAAUAAGAGUAAUUUUUUCAGCUACAAGUCUAUUACUGUAUAUCAGAGUUAUCCUAGAAUUCACAAAGUUAAAAAAAAAAAAAAAAAAAAAAAAAA